CUUAUUAAUAAAGAUAGAUAGAAGAAUAGUAGAAGACUCCAGAGAGUCCAUCCCUCCCGUAUCGCUGUCGUCAAUUCUUCUUACCAGAUCUAGAAUUUGAGAUCUUCAACUACGAAUCAAUCAUCGACAAUGAACGACGCAGAUGUCAGCCGGCAGAUCCAGCAGAUGGUCAGAUUCAUCCGCCAAGAGGCGGAUGAGAAGUCCAAUGAGAUCUCCGUUUCCGCCGAGGAGGAAUUCAACAUUGAGAAAUUGCAAAUGGUAGAAGCAGAGAAGAAGAAGAUCAGACAGGAGUAUGAGCGUAAAGAGAAGCAAGUAGAUAUCCGCAGGAAAAUUGAGUACUCUAUGCAGCUGAAUGCUUCACGACUUAAGGUCCUCCAAGCUCAGGAUGAUGUUGUUAAUUCCAUGAAAGAUGCUGCAGCAAAGGAACUAUUGCUUGUGAGCCAUAAACAUCAUGAAUACCGAAGGCUUCUGAAAGGACUUAUAGUUCAGAGUUUGCUUAGGCUGAAGGAACCAGCUAUCUUAUUGCGCUGUCGUAAGGAAGACUUGCAUCAUCUGCAUCAUGCUUUAGAGUCAGCAAUAGAGGAAUAUGCAGAGAAAGCUGUGGUUGAUCAACCUGAGGUCAUUGUCGACGAUAUCUACCUUCCUUCUGCUCCUUCCCAUCAUCAUGAUCAUGGUCUUACUUGCUCGGGUGGUGUAGUGUUGGCUUCUCGAGAUGGAAAAAUUGUGUUUGAGAACUCCCUUGAUGCCCGUUUGGAUGUUGUAUUCCGCAAUAAGCUUCCUGAGAUCCGUAAGUGGCUAUUUGGUCAAGUUGUUGCGUGAUGGUCUCGUCUCGAGUUGCAGAAAUUGCAAUGCGGUUUGUUCACCUCUCCUCUGUUAAAAUUAUUCUUGUGAUAUUAUUUGUCGGUUUUACUGCAGUUAAGUGAAUCUCAUCCCCUGCUAGUUUCUACUUCCUUUUACUGUAUUUGGGAAUGCUGUCGAUUGGCUUAAGUAGUAUUUAAACUAUUGUCAUUAAUAAAGGUGAAUUCAUAUAUGUGAAAAAACACCUCGAAUUUGUUUCAAUUGAUUGUAUGAUUUGGUGUUGUUCCAUUUUUUAAUUCAAGUUUUUUUACUA